UAUAAAAUCCCAUUCUAAGCAUUUCGUGAACAAGAUUCUCAUAAGGGCAGCCUUGAACAAGAUCUGCCCCCUCUCUUCUUCCCAAAUCAAUCUCCUUCUUUAUUUUCUGAUCACGCAAAGAAAAUGGGGUUGUCUUUUACCAAGCUUUUCAGCCGUCUGUUCGCAAAGAAAGAGAUGCGGAUACUUAUGGUGGGUCUUGAUGCUGCUGGUAAGACCACCAUAUUAUACAAGCUUAAGCUGGGAGAAAUAGUAACGACUAUUCCUACAAUUGGAUUCAAUGUGGAGACAGUGGAGUACAAAAAUAUCAGCUUCACAGUCUGGGAUGUUGGGGGUCAAGAUAAGAUCCGACCAUUGUGGAGGCAUUACUUUCAGAACACUCAGGGGCUAAUCUUCGUUGUUGAUAGUAAUGAUCGAGACCGUGUGGUUGAGGCUAGGGAUGAGCUACACAGGAUGUUGAAUGAGGAUGAACUGAGGGAUGCAGUGCUUCUAGUUUUUGCGAACAAACAAGAUCUACCAAAUGCUAUGAAUGCUGCUGAGAUAACUGACAAGCUUGGACUUCACUCUCUCCGUCAACGCCAUUGGUAUAUCCAGAGCACAUGUGCCACCUCUGGGGAAGGACUUUACGAGGGACUGGACUGGCUGUCAAACAACAUUGCCAACAAGGCAUAAAAGAGACUAUAUUGGAUGAUUAUGAUAGCCUAAUUCUCAUCAAAGAGGAAAUUGUCUUUCAUUUUUCAGGCUUUUGUGUCUCACUAUCUUGAAAACUCAGUACUUUAAUCUCUUUAUUUUUUCCGUAGAAAUUUGUCAUUUCUGUCGUGUAGAUUUAUAUUCGAAAUUCUGUAAUUUCAGCAUUCUUGAAUACCUUUUGGAUUGAUUAAUUUUCAAAAUGACGCUCCUCCUCUCAUUCAUUGAAUGAAAUGGAAAUUACUACAUUUUGAAUUUC